AUGGUCUAUAAACCUCCUAACCUCCUCAUCACCUAUUUUCAGUGGAAAUAUCCUUCCGUGCUUUUCCAUCUCCCAUUGCCAGCAUCCCAGCGCGUCGUAGCACUCACAAUAGACGACGCGCCCUCCACCCAUACAGGCGCCAUCCUUGACCUGCUCAAGUCGCAUAAUGCAACAGCAACAUUCUUUAUCAUCGGCAGCCAAUUAUCCUCAUUUGAAGGUUCUAAGAAUAUUCUGGAACGGAUGCUGGCGGAAGGUCACGAGAUAGGAAACCACGCGUGGGAAGAUGAGCCUAGUGUUUCGCUCCCACUUUCCGAACUCGAGAGACAGGUUAAAGAAGUGGAAGCUAUUAUUCCGGCCAAUGAUAAAGGGGCGAAGUAUUUCCGCCCUGGCUCAGGCUUUUUUAAUUCCGCAAUGGUCGAGAAAGUCAAGGCCUUGGGAUAUUGGGUUGUUCUGGGGAGCAUCUACCCACAUGAUCCGCAGAUUCACAAUCCAAGGAUUAAUGCGGCGCAUGUGUUAAGUCGGUUGAGGCCUGGAGGCAUUAUUAUCAUGCAUGAUAGGAGGGAAUACUCGACUCAGCAAGUGAGAUUGGUGCUUGAGGGUUUGGAGGCGAAGGAGUGGGAAGCUGUGAAUUUGGGGACUCUAAUGCGGAUUAAGGAUGAAUUGGAGGUUAAGUUAUGA